AUGGGUGGCAAAGAUAUCCCCAAACCAAAGGAUGGCGAAGAUAGCCCCAAGACGAAGGAUGGCGGAAAUAGUCCCAAAUCAAGAAGAGUUGAAUAUAAUGAAGAUGAAAAACAUCUCAAAGAAAAUGAACGUGGUGACGGAAGUGGAGAUAGCCGAUAUGAGAACGCAAAGUAUGAAAAAUCACCCGAUCAACUUUUAUAUGAGAUUGAAAAAUCAUUAGAAGAUGAUAAAGAAAAUGAUUUGAAACUUGAGCAGUUAAAGGAGUUGCUGCUAGAAGAAAUGAAGGAUCAAAUCAAAAAGCAAAAUGUCGCGUUAGCUGAGAGAGCAGAGCAUGCAAUGAGAUGUGGACACACAAAACAGGAUAAUCAUGAAAAUGCAAAUGUGGUUCAUCCAGAAGGAUCUUGUAAAAUCAAAGAAAAAGAUUUUGCUAUACUAGAAGAAGCAGACAAACAAGUUGAAACAGUGAUGAAAGAAGCAUAUAAAGCAUUGGAGUUCGGCAAUAACAAGAAAGAAGACCUCAAGAAAAUGUUACUUUUGAAAAAGAAGUUAGAAUCAGUGUCUGAGAUUUUCAAUGCUGCUGAUGACAUUGAGACAAUGGCAUUUGGGUCAAACAAAACUAUCUCUGCAGAUGUAAUGGACCAAAUAAAAACUAGUAUACUAGAAGAGAUACCUGACCAUCACUUGGAUGCUUCAAAUAUAGAUGUAUUGAGAGCUCUAUUGUUGAGGACAAAAAUAACUUGGUAUACAUGGACAAUUGUUAUACGUCGACGAUUCAUUUAUAUCUUUCGGUAUAAACUUCAAGAAUUUAGAAUGAUAAUAAAAAUGAAGAUUUUGAUGUAUGCAAACACAUUUAAAGGAAAUUGUGAAAUAUCCGAAUUUGGAUGCAGUCAUGACUGCGAUAUUUUGUCAAAAAAAUGCAUCUGUCCGCAUGGAAUGAAACUUGACUCGGAGACAAAAACGUGCCAAUGGAACGAAGACUUUAUAGCUGAAGGGGAACUUACAGAUCUUCAUCAAGAUAUUGUUCGUUUGAUACUAUUAUACAGACAAGAGUAUGUGUUAAUGAAGACUGUAGCCGAAAUGAUUCCUGAAGAUAAAUCUCCAGAAGAAGAAACUGCAGAAGGUGCAAAUUGUUAA